AUGAUCCUCCGGCGCCCACUUCUCAACGCGACCACCACCGCCGUCUCGAUAUCCAAGCCAUGCGUCCGCAACCUCCAGCAUUCCAUACCCAUGCGUCCCGUACCCAAGCCCAUCCCCUUCAUCCCGGACCACACUGCCUUCCUCAGCGCCAUAGGCCGCGGCCUGUCGGCACACGCAACCAAGAUCCCCUCCUGGGAAGCCCUCUUCACCCUAACCUCUCCGCAACUCAAGGAACUCGGUGUCGAGCCCGCCCGCUCACGCCGCUACCUGCUCGACUGGCGAGAGAAGUUCCGCAACGGCGAGUACGGCAUCGGUGGCGACUGCCAGCAUGUGGUGGACGGGGUUGCGGAAUUGAAAAUCGUCGAGGCGCCGGUGCCGCCGAAUCCGCAGCUCGGGAAUACGAUUAGUCCGAGGAGUGCGGCGGCGACGGCUACGCAUGAUCCUGGGACGAGGAAAUUUGUUGUCAAUGUACCUGUGGGGGCUGAGGCGCCCGCAGAGCCCGUCGAGGUGUUGCCAAAAGUGCAGGGCGUUGUUUUGAAGGGGGCCAAGACGAUCAAGGGGAGCUUUGUAGAGCCUGUAAAGGGGAGCAAUGGGACGAGGGCGCGGAUAAGGCUGCAAGAGGGUGUUUGGGAGAUUAAGAGAGGACACAAGGUGGAUGGUGGUGAGAGGCGGAAGGCUGAGGUUAGGGCCAAGAGGAGAGCAGCGGAGAACAAGGACAAGGCAAGGUAG